GAGUGGGGAUGUGAGAGCUCACUAAGGAGGGAGCUCUGAUUGACAUUCCCGCGGUCCAACCAGGUGGCGCAGCGCUGGCAGUCCGGGACGUCCAUUGGCUGCUGGUGGCAAGAGCUCUGCGCAAAACAACGCGCUGAUGCUCAGUCUCUUUGCAGAACUCGAGAAGAGGAGACCCACGGAUUUCUAAGCAUUCCCUAUAUUAUGUACCAUUCAAAAAGUGUCUGGAUAAAAGUAAUAUUUAUUUGCAUUAGUUCAGGAUUGUUUUAAUUUAUCCAUACGCGAGGAACAAAAUCCACUUUCUGGACAAAAUAAUUUUGGAAAGAUUUUGCUCCCCACUAUUAAGGACUGGGGCAUCUGUAGGUUUUGCAAUGUCUUGCUCUGACGCACGGACUACUAAAUUGUUAUCUCCCUGAGACAGCGCUGUUUCAAAUGGCUAAAGAUCUUGCGCAUAUGGCGACGUGGUUUCAGGCUGACACCAUACGACACAGGAGCUUUCUCGUUCAUUUGAGAAGUUGUACAUUGCAUAUGUUUUCCUGGACAAAAGCAAUGGGAAAUUCCUAAGCUGUGACUGGACAAUUAACUGUGUAAAGACAGACGCGAAGAGCGCGCGCGUAAGAGAGAGAGAGGGAAUAAAGAGGAGUGCACUUGUUGUUUGGAAAUGAUUUUGAUAUUUCUCUUUUUCUCGAUCUUGGAUGGAGGGCUAUCGCAGCUGCAAUUCUCGGUACCGGAGGAGCAGGAGCGCGGGACGAUUGUGGGAAAUAUCGCCGAAGAUCUGGGGCUGGACAUCACCAAACUUUCCGCGCGCCGUUUCCAGACCGUGCCUAGCUCGCGCACGCCGUACCUGGAGGUAAACUUGGAGAAUGGCGCGCUGGUAGUGAACGAGCGCAUUGACAGAGAGGAGAUAUGUCGCCAGACCGUCCCAUGCCUCCUGCACCUCGAAGUGUUUUUGGAGAACCCGCUCGAGCUGUUCCGCGUCGAAAUCGAGGUGAUGGAUAUUAACGACAAUCCUCCGAGUUUCCCGGAGACGGACAUCACCGUGGAGAUCACCGAAAGCGCCACACCGGGCACCCGGUUCCCGGUGGAGAACGCCUUCGACCCAGAUGUGGGGACUAAUGCCCUGAGCACCUACGCCAUCACCACCAACAACUACUUUUACUUGGACGUACAGACUCAAGGCGACGGUAACCGCUUCGCGGAGCUCGUGCUGGAUAAACCCUUGGACCGGGAGCAGCAGGCGGUGCAUAGGUACGUGCUUACCGCGGUGGAUGGAGGGCAGCCGCAGAGGACCGGCACCGCAUUGCUGGUGGUUAAAGUGCUGGACUCCAACGACAACGCGCCCACUUUCGAUCAGUCUGUGUACUCUGUGAGCUUGCGCGAGAACUCUCCCGUUGGCACGCUCGUUAUUCAGCUGAACGCCACCGAUAUGGACGAGGGCCAAAACGGAGAGAUUGUUUAUUCUUUAAGUAGUCACAAUCCGCCGCGCAUUCGGGAUCUGUUUAACAUUGACUCGCGCACCGGGAGGAUUGAAGUGACUGGCGAGGUGGAUUACGAGGAGAGCAGCACCCAUCAGAUCUACGUGCAGGCGAAAGACAUGGGAGCGAACUCGGUGCCAGCGCACUGCAAAGUUCUGGUCAAACUCAUCGACGUGAACGACAACACACCGGAGAUCAGUUUCAGCACCGUCACCGAGUCGGUGAGCGAACAGGCUGUCGCAGGCACGGUGAUCGCUCUGCUGAGCGUCACAGACCGUGACUCCGGCGAGAACGGACAGAUGACCUGCGAGCUGCACGGCGAGGUGCCGUUCAAACUCAAAUCGUCUUUCAAAAACUAUUACACCAUCGUCACGGACGGUCCGCUGGAUCGCGAAAAAGCGGAGUCGUACACGCUCACGGUGGUGGCGAAAGAUAAGGGGGUGCCCUCUCUCUCCACGAGCAAGUCCAUCAAAGUUCACGUUUCGGACGAAAAUGACAAUGCACCCAGGUUCAUGCAAUCGGUUUACGACGUGUACGUGACGGAGAAUAACGUCCCGGGCGCUUACAUUUAUGCGGUAAGCGCCGUGGACCCUGAUGUUGGACAGAACGCCUAUGUCACUUACUCCAUAUUGGAGUGCGAAAUACAGGGUAUGUCCAUUUUAACCUACGUGUCAAUCAACUCUGAGAACGGCUAUCUGUACGCGCUGCGCUCUUUCGAUUACGAGCAGGUCAAAGAGUUCAGUUUCAUGGUGCAUGCCAAGGACUCCGGUGCCCCCGAGUUAACGGCCAAUGCCACCGUUAAUGUCAUCAUAGUGGACCAAAACGACAAUGCGCCGUCUAUAAUUGCGCCUGUCGGCAAAAACGGCACCGCGAGGGAACAUUUACCCCGGUCAGCCGAACCGGGAUACCUGGUGAGCCGUAUAGUAGCCACAGAUGCGGAUGAUGGCGAGAACGCCCGCCUGUCUUACAGUAUCCUCCGGGGAAACGAGCUCGGGAUGUACCGGAUGGACUGGAGAACCGGCGAGCUGCGCACAGCACGUCGGGUGUCCAGCAAACGGGACCCCCCGCACCCAUACGACCUGUUGAUCGAGGUGCGCGAUCACGGGCAGCCGCCGCUCUCCUCUUCGGCGAGCAUUAACGUGGUGCUCGUGGACAGUGUGGUGGAGGGCCGGAGCGGCGAUCGGGGGUCUGUAAAGUCCAAAGAAGGCUCUCUGGAUCUAACACUCAUCCUCAUCAUCGCGCUCGGCUCCGUGUCCUUCAUCUUCCUCCUCGCGAUGAUCGUGCUGGCGGUGCGCUGCCAGAAGGACAAGAAACUCAAUAUCUAUACGUGCAUGGCCGGAGACUCGUGCUGUCAGUGUUGCAGUCGCCAGGCGCGCGGGCGCAAGAAGAAGCUCAGUAAAUCGGACAUCAUGCUCGUGCAGAGCACUAACGUGGCCAGCACGGCGCAAGUGCCGGUGGAGGAGUCCGGAAGCUUCGGCUCGCACCACCAGAACCAAAACUACUGCUACCAGGUGUGCCUGACACCGGAGUCCGCCAAAACCGACCUGAUGUUUCUCAAACCGUGCAGCCCAACCCGGAGCACAGACACAGAGCACAACCCGUGCGGGGCCAUUGUUACAGGAUACGCGGAUCAGCAACCAGAUAUCAUCUCCAACGGGAGCAUUUUAUCAAGCGAGACCAAACACCAGAGAACUGAGCUCAGCUACCUGGUGGAUAGACCACGGCGUGUAAACAGUUCAGCAUUUCAAGAGGCAGAUAUCGUCAGUUCUAAAGACAGCGGACAUGGUGAUAGCGAACAAGGUGACAGCGACCAUGAUGCCACCAACCGCGGCCACACAGCUGGAGCUGAUCUUUUCUCCAACUGUACUGAGGAGUGCAAGGCACUGGGUCACUCUGACCGUUGCUGGAUGCCCUCCUUCAUGCCUGGUGACAGUCGCCAGGGCGCUGAUUACCGUAGCAACCUGCACGUCCCGGGAAUGGAUGCAGUGCCAGACACUGAGGUACAGGAGAGCGUGGUUCCUGGUGAUGCGUGCAAUCGGCCCGAUGAUAGAUCAUUCUCUACGUUCGGCAAAGACAAGUCACACCACGGCACGCUCACACGCCACGAGCUACACACACUCUUACCAAGCGCCCGAGCGCCUUACAAACCCAACUAUCUCUCACGCAAAAGGAUUUCCUAGCAACUUCUGUGUGGACAUUCCUGAAAAAGUGUGAGUUUGCACAGUAACGCAACUGACCAAAAGCAUCAAGUAUUUCUUUUCUUUAAAUUUCCUCUUUUUUAUUUUUAUUUUUUUUUUUUACUGAACUUAAUAAUCACGGCCGAUCUGGUCGUUCACAGCUCUGUUGGACACCUGGAAACCGAUUAAAUCGGACGCAAACUGAUGACGUAUAGACCCUGAGAAUUCUCAGCAGGACUGAGAAACCUCGCCAAAUCUCCUCCAAAAAACUGGAUGAGAAGAGGGAAGAACAGAGGGAGAACGCUCAAAAGGGGGAUUUAGAGCGAUGGAGAGACAAAAGGAGAAAAAUGAAUGUUCAAUGGACAUGGCUGUUUUCUCUCACUCUGUCCACUCUGUGAUCAAUGUGUCUCUGUUUACAGUCCACUGUAAACUGUCUGAGCCCUUUACCCGUUUCAGCACACACACACACACACACACACACACACACACACACACACACACACACACACACACACACACACACACACACACCAACAUAUUGUACAAAUGAACUGUACAAAGAGUAACCCAAAACGAUGUGCAUUAUAAACUCAACAAUCCAUUUUAGAUUUUACUGUUUUCUAUAGUUGUUUAUUUUAUUUUUUCUUCCUAAUCAGUGUGGUCAAGUGUUCUUCUGGAGCUACUAUCUUUAGAAAAAGUGUGAAAGCGGGGGACAAAAAAAGAAAAAAAAAAAAAGGUAAAAAAACAAACAAAACAAAAACAACAACAACUGAUGAUUUUGUCCUCUCACUGGCCUAUGAAUACUUCAUCAGACAUUGUGGUUACCUUCAAGUGUGCAAAUGUGUACUGUUCUCUUUUAAAGCUUCAAAUAACUAUAAAUAUACAUAUAUUUAAGAAUAUAUAUAUAUAUAUAUAUAUAUAUAUAUAUAUAUAUAUAUAUAUAUAUAUAUAUAUAUAUAUAUAUAUAUAUAUACACACUUUUUUUCUGAACCUAUAUAGCCCUUUGCAUAGUUUCCUAAACACCAUAUUGCCAUAAACCUAUACAAAGUGCUGAAAAGACUUGCAUUAAAAUUGGGGCUUCAAAUUGUGUGGCCUCUAUCAAUCAGUGCAGAAUAAUUUUAUGUUGUAGUUAAUUUUACAUAAUUCUAUCUCAAAUGCACACAUAGCAGAUUAUUUAUGCAGUUUAGGGGAGACUGGGGCAAGUUGUCACACUUUUUACUCCAGCAAAUAUUUCUCAGGGUAGGUUUGUCUUUGAAAGUCAUUUUCUGCAUAGCCACAUUACAUAAAGUCUUGGCAACAACACAACAACAAUAACAAAACAGAAGCUUCUAAACAUUAUUGCUCAGGAAAAAUUAUACAUCUAAUUUGAACUUUUAUUAAUUACCUUUUGUCACAACAUGCCCCUAUAGUUGAAUAUAGAAUAUAGAAGACUACAUUUUAUUGAAAUUUCUAAAGUGAAAACAAGCCAUGUUUCAUGCAAUGUAUUUAAAAUAUAUUAUUUGCUAUUUAAUGGGUUUCCAGCUGAAUUAAAAUUAAAAAAAAAAAAAAAAAAAAAAACAGUUAUGAAACACAAACCCAUUCAUGAAACAGCAAACAUGAAAAACAUAUCAAAAAUAUCUAACAAUUGUUUUUUGCUAACAAAAUCUGUGAAAAAUAAACUGUUUAAAAUAAUAACAUACAGAACAUAUGUCACAACUUGCCCCAGCCUGACAAUUAUGAAAAAUAUCUGCCGUGAGAACACAUUUUCAACCUUUUGGUUAAAAUCUACCUUUAUUUUGUAGUUGACCCCUGCCUUAAUUUAUCCCAUGUGGUUCAAUUAUGUUCACUUGUUUACCCAUUAACUAUAACAAAAAUAUGAUAUUGGAACAUAUAACAACUGCUUUUAUAUCUAGCUACUGAGGUACAGUAUACUGUAUAUAAGAAGUAGAGGAUGUUGAAUUGUUUUGAAAGACACUAUGAGCCUGUGAGCUUGUGUGUUUUAUAUACACUACCGGUCAAAAGUUUUGAAACACUUGACUGAAAUGUUUCUCAUGAUCUUGAAAAUCUUUUGAUCUGAAGGUGUAUGCUUAAAUUUUUGCAAUUAGUUUUGUAGACAAAAAUAUAAUUGUGCCACCAUAUUAAUUUAUUUCAUUAUAAAACUAAAAUAUAAUAAAAAAAUAAAAAUAAAAAAAACAGCUUUUUGAAAUUGAUGACUUGGACCAAAUAAUAAAGAAAAGCAGCCAAUAAGUGCCCAACAUAGAUGGGAACUCCUUCAAUACUGUUUAAAAAGCAUCCCAGGGUGAUACCUCAAGAAGUUGGUUGAGAUAAUGUCAAGAGUACAUGUCUGCAGAUUCUAGGCAAAGGGUGACUACUUUGAAGAUGCUAAAAUAUAACAGUUUUGAUUUAAUUUGGAUUUUGUUUAGUCACAACAUACAGUAAUUCCCAUUGUUCCAUAUAUGUUAUUCCAUAGUUUUGAUGACUUUACUAUUAUUCUAAAAUGUGAAGAAAAAAAUUAUAAUAAAGAAUGUGUUUCAAAACUUUUGA